AUGGCGGAGCGCAUCGAGCAGCGCCUGGAGGACCGUGUGCCCGAGCUGGAGCAGCUGGAGCGCGUGGGGCUCUUCACGCGCAAGGAGAUCAGGGCCGUGCUGAGGAAGGCCUCGGCGCUCGAGUACAAAAUCCAGCGCCGAGCGCUGCGCAAGGAGGAUUUCAUCACGUACAUCCAGUAUGAAGUUAAUCUACUGGAACUAAUAAAGAAGAGAAGAGCACGUAUUGGCUAUUCAUUUAAGAAGGAGGAAAUUGAGAACUCCAUUGUGCGUAGAGUCCACAGCCUCUUCAAACGUGCCACAGGGAAGUGGAAAGAAGAUGUCCAGCUGUGGUUGUCGCAUGUUGCAUUUUGCAAGCAAUGGAAUUCAAAACAUCAGCUUAGUAAGGUGUUUUCUUGCAUGUUAGCUCUUCACCCCAAUAAGCCAGCCCUGUGGAUUAUGGCAGCAAAGUGGGAAAUGGAGGCACGUCUCUCGUCGGAAAGUGCCAGGCACUUGUUUCUUCGUGCUUUGCGCUUCCAUCCAGACUGUUCGAAACUUUACCAAGAAUAUUUCAGAAUGGAGCUGAUGCAUGCUGAAAAACAGAGGAAAGAAAAGAAAGAAUUGGAACAAGCAAAGAUGGAUUUGAGAGAAUUCAAUUAUUCCGAAGAGAUUCUUAAUGGGGAAAUGGCUCGCAUCAUUUACAGGGAUGCUGCUCAGAAAAUCAAAGGUGUUGAAUUUCUUCUGGCUCUGCUGUCUAUUGCAAAGCUCUUUGAUUUUACACAAGAUUUGCAAAAAGAAAUUCUUGAAAGUUUGCAGACCAGCUACGCUGAUGACCCUCUUACAUGGGACUACAUGGCUCGCCGUGAGCUGGAGUUGGGAUCCUCACAGUCCACAGAACAUACUACAAAACAGAUGAAAGUAGCAGAAAUGACCCAGAGAGAGGAACGGUGCUGUGCAGUGUUUGAGGAGGCCGUGGCAGCAGUCCCCACAGAGGACAUGUGGAAGUGCUUUAUCACUUUUUGCCUGGAGAGAUACAACAGGAAAACCAACAGUGAAGAAUUAAAGCAAAAGAGGCUGGAGAGGACAUUGAGUGCGUUCAACAAAGCCCACGAGUCCAGUUUGCUGCCAGAAGGCCAAUAUAAGCAGUGGCUUGAGCUGCUGCUGGAGUCCGGCCUCUGUGAAAAGGCUGUGGAGGUGGCAGAAGCUGCAACUCAGCGUUUCAGACUGUCCGUGGAAAUCUGGCAGCUGAGGCUGCAGGUGCUGAUCCAAACGAAGAGCGAUGAUGUGACCCACUGUUUUGAGGAAGCCCUUAAACACAUGAAAUCUAAGGGCACCUUGCUAUUAUGGACCCUCUGGGUGGAAUGGAGUGAAGGCUCAAAUAGCAAGGAAGACACGGAAGCCCUGUACCAGAGAUCAUUGUCUGCCACAGCUCCUCCUGAGUCUGUGACUAUGAAAGAAAAGUAUCUUGACUGGGCCUACAGGAGUGGUGGUUAUAAGAAAGUAAAAAGAGUCUUUACCAGCCUGCAUGAAAAUCGUCCAUUUUCACUUGACUUCUUCAGGAAGAUGAUCCAAAUAGAAAAGGAACAAGAAUUCUGCAAAAUGCUUAAUUUGAGAGAGUACUAUGAACGUGCCUUGAGAGAGUUUGGUUCCACAAAUUCUGAUCUCUGGCUGGAUUAUAUUAAAGAGGAGCUAAACCAUCCCCAAGGCAAACCAGAAAACUGUGGCAGCAUUCACUGGCGAGCUAUGAAGAUGUUACAGGGAGACCUGGUGGAAAACUUUGUUUCCAAAUAUACCUUAUUGCAAACUGGACACUUAUGAAAAACUGUAAUCAAUUAAUUACAACAUGAUAGUGAUGUCUUUUUCUAAUAUCUUUGCAUAAGAGUAAAUAUGUUCCUGGAUCAUAAUAAAAUAUGCUUUUUUUCCCCCACACAUGUAAAAAUGUAAUCUGCCCUAUUGCAGUUGUUAGUGGUGAUGCCUCUGUCAAGAGCUGGUUCAACUGCACAGUCAAAAGAGAAAGCAAAGGCAGCUCUGAGAAUUAUGAGUGUUAACUCUUCAUCGUCACAGUGCAUCAGCUCUACACUUCCCAGACCCACAGAAGCCAAACCUCUUUAUCUGUCCUCAAAGUUCAGUAAUGGAAAAUGGAGCAAUGGAAAAAGAAUCUGUAAAAUGAUAAGAUUAUUUAUUUCUUGUUUCUUACCCUUGAAGUCCCUUUAGUAGCCAAAACUACUGUAAUUUGUGGUUGUAUCUUAAAGACUAUUUCUGAUAUCUAUCGUGAAAUGUAGAGCUCAGCUCUAUCACAAAUGUUCCUAAUGUCAUCUAAACUCACCUCAAACUUUGAAAAAUGGUAAUGGUUUUUCAGAGACAGUCUUUGUGUUUGCAACCACUUAUUACAUUUCCCUAUGUCAAACUGGUUAAAAUAACAUAACUGCUAUCGUCAGACCAUUAGAUCACUCUAUUUUUUUCUAACAAUAGUCAAUAGAAGAUGCCUAGGGGAAAUAUAGAAACUUACAACAAUGCUUCCUUUAUGUAAUUUCUCAGUGUCUGAAUGCUAUGACUUUCUUUUCAAGGAGAUAGUCUGAUUGCCACUGUUUGACAUAAGGACCUUAAUUCAGAAAGGCAGCCUUUCCUUUUGAAUAGUAGGUACAUGUUUUUCAGCCAUUAAUCUCAAGAUUUAAAAUGAUUUGCUCCUGAAAGAUAUGUUAGUACAGAAAAAUGUUCUAUUUAGAUUUCUCACACAAGUAGAACCUGCAACUCCUCAAACAAUGAAUUUCAGUAACUUUUCAGUAACUUUUGGUGAACUAUAAACAAGGUUUGGAGCAACAGCCUGCUCAGAUCGCUAUUUUCUGUGGCAGCUGAAGUAUGUGCUGUGUCUUUCCCAAGCUUUUAU